UCAUCAACAAACAUCAUGACUGGAAGACUUGUGCUGGGGCUCCUGAUCACCUGUGUUGCAGCAAUUGCUGCGCACAAGUGUGAGGACAACAGAAAGGCUGUUUGUGCUGAUCCAAGGACCUGGACAUGCACAAUGAAUGUGCGCCCUGUGUGUGGAAGCGACGGACAGACUUAUGGCAAUGAAUGUCUCCUCUGCAAGCAGAUGCGUGAAACGAAGGAGAAAAUCUUGGUUGCCAAAGAGGGACACUGCUGACCAGUAUGGUUGAUAAAAUCAACACUAUGAGGCAACCCAGAAAAAUCCACUGUUGUCUCAUUGUAAUAAAGUCUAAGUUUGAUCAA